AGUUCUAUAACAGUGUUAUGAACACGGUCGCGGCAUGAGCUAAUGUUACUCUCCAUCUAAUACUUUAACCUCCAGCGUACAACUGCAACAACGAAAUGGUCAAUAUCGGUCUCACCAAAGUGGACGAUGCGCUGGCAGCAAAACAUCCGGGUUUACAGAGUUAUGCUGCCUGUCAGUCUCGCGCCUUCAUGAUGGGGACAGGGACCUUUAUACUUGGCGCUGGGAGUUUAUUUGCUCUUCAGAAGGUUCUCCAGAGGAAGCUUCCUUAUCCUCUUCAAUGGAACCUACUCAUUUCAAUAGUGGCGUCAUCAGUGGGAAGUUAUGCAGUGACUCGCUGGGAAAUGCAGAAAUGCUCAGACCUUUGGAUAAUACUGGAAACGGGCAGCAUCCCGGACAGAUCGCCACCGCCGCCGCAGGUGUCCAAACCAGAGGUACCAGAAGGAACUGACAAGACAAAAUAUGGCGAUGUGAUGGAGUGAACAAACUUGUGUGUCUACUGUAUUUAACUAGACCUUUUUGAGAAAAUGCUCUAAAUAUUCAUGAUGUGUUGACUAAAGAAAGUGCUGAAUGUGAGAUAGUACGUUCUGUAUUUAAUUGCAUUCCAGUGGGUUUUUUUAAUUCACAUUUCUGCAAUACACCACAUGAAUUAUGUCAUUUUUUUGAGUUUGAGGAGCUUUUGAAUGUCAUAACAGCAUUACUGUGUGGAUAAACAGACGAGUUUCCCAAAUCAGAGGUCAGGAAUUACUUUGGGUUUUUAGGAGGAUUCCGAUGUUAAGCUUGUGAGCCGGUAUUAUUUGGACGCGUUUGUUUGACAUGCAACUGAAUUAACGCUGCUCUACUAAAACCAGACACUAGUUGUCACUGUAUACCUCAUGGGAUCUGCAGAGCCGUGUUACUGGUGGGUCAACCAAACCAGUUAAAGCUAAAUCACGUUUGCCUUGGACUACAGAGAGCAAAUCAUCAUGGAAUAAUUCAUCAUCUGAAAUAGAUAAACAACCAUCGGCCUUCAGUACAGUGAUGCUGUAAUGAACAGUGCAGUGUCUGCCGUUUUAAAAAGACAUUUUCACUGGAUUUAGGCAAACGAACUCUGAGGAUGAAAGAAUUUCUGAGUUGUAAAUGUGACUUUUAGAUCUUCCAUCCUGCUAAAGGCUGCCAUCUUAUACAUUUGUUGUUUAUUUCAUUGCUCAAAUGUAAACGAUACAAUAAUAAAAGAUAUAUCUUGACGGACUAUAUAUGUACUGUAACUUUAGACAUCUAUAUCUUGUUCCUUUUAAAUUGAAGUUGCUUGGGACAAAAGUGUUGAAUAGGCGUGUGAUAUAUUUCGUCAAUAAUGCAGAUAUAUAGAGUACAAUAACGCAAGACUGAUCAAUCCUCCCCUCGUCCACAGACAGAGACACCCACAUGUUCAUGUUGUUAACAAACACAGAGGGCAAAAAAAGACUGUACCAUGAAAGAGAAGUCCCCAGCACCUUUAACCCAAUAUGCAAAGUAGAAAUACCACAACACAUGUUAAAGAUGCAAAUAUAUGUAUCUCAAAAUCAUUCAUCAAAGUAACAUAUAUUACAUUAAAAUGUUAAUACAUAUGCAGUACAUACCAGUCUUUCAUGCCUGUUGAAUCAAAAGUUUGAAUUCUAAACUGCCAUCUCUAUCAGAUAAAAGAUGCAGAGACACGAAAGUAUGAUCUUAUCCAGGUGCAGCAUUCAUCCCCUUCACAAAGACAGAUGUUAUCUACUGCAAGUGAUUUGCAUAGCUGAACUACUUUGUACAAUAAGAUGUUGGCAACAUAAAUUCUGCACCAUGCAGUGCAACCCAUCGAAACAAUUGAGUCUUUCAGGCUGUAACACCUCGAGUGAUUGAAGCCUGGACCAAAGUCCAGGGCCUUGAUUCACUGAGAACAAGCUAAAGAAAGUUCACCAACUCUGAGAACACCAGCUCAUAUCGGGGAAACGUUUUUUUUUUUUUAUACAGUGUUUGUAACCGAAAAAAUGGCGCCUAAGCAAUCUGAAUAAGGGAAGAUAAGAAUGUAGCUUUGCUUCAAUGUUCAUCUUUUCUUCCCCCAUCUGUGUGCUGAUUCCACCCCCACUCGCUCUCGUCCUCGCACUGUAAUUCAAUCUGAUUUAACACAGCCAAGAUUUGAAUGUUUUGAAUUAUCUUUUUGUCGUU